CAUGUAUUUACAACGAAUUCAUCUAUGCACACGUCAUCAAAUCGUAUUCGCCGAGUCGGCCGAAGUAGAUUGAAGUAGAUACAGUAACGUGAAGUGUCAGCCGGCAAUUUAUAUUGUAGCAAAUUAGCUUGUUUACAUAUACAGCAAAAUGGACUACAUUUAUAGACUACCAUUUUUCGUUUUAGAAGUUCCUAAUUUAAGAAUCAAAAGACCAUCCUGGUUCGUCCAACCCAGUGCAAUGAUUAUUUUUUCUUUGGUGCUACUAUCAUAUUUUUUAGUGACAGGAGGUGUAAUAUAUGAUGUAAUCGUUGAACCACCAAGUGUAGGAUCUACAACCGAUGAACAUGGCCAUACACGGCCUGUGGCAUUUAUGCCUUACCGUAUCAAUGGACAAUAUAUUAUGGAGGGCCUGGCAUCUAGUUUUCUGUUUACUCUUGGUGGACUAGGUUUUGUGGUACUUGAUCAAACUCACAGUCCAUCAACACCAAAACUCAACAGAAUUCUUUUGAUAUGUGUUGGAUUUAUCAGCAUUCUAGUCUCCUUCAUUACAUGUUGGAUAUUUAUGCGCAUGAAAUUACCAGGAUAUAUUCAGUCAUAGAUGACACCAUAAUGAGUACAAAUAUGAAUUUUACUUUGUGUCUUAUUUUAUCAUGGAUAAGGACAAAGAAUAAAAGCGAGUUUUGCAAUGGAACACAUUCUGUUUA